AUGGCAUCCUGGGAGCAGCCAUCACCAAUGAUCAAGUUCGAGGACUCGCCUGCCGAGUCUUUUGUUUCCACACCCGGCGAAAUAUAUCCAUCGCUGUUUGGCGACGCAAACGUCGUCAAUGAUGAUACUCUCGAUCCCUCCGAUAUGAUGACGCCGCCGCCCUUCAACGACGACGGUGGUCUUCCCGCAUCUACGGCUUCGACCCCAGCUCCGGACGGUGCAGGAUCAUCAUCUCCAGAUAAGAAGCAAACGAAGAAGCGGAAGUCAUGGGGCCAGGUUCUUCCUGAGCCCAAGACGAACCUCCCUCCUCGGAAACGCGCCAAGACGGAAGACGAGAAGGAACAACGCCGUGUUGAGCGGGUUCUUCGCAACCGUCGAGCCGCCCAAUCAUCCCGUGAGCGAAAGCGACUGGAGGUUGAGGCUCUCGAACGACGCAACAAAGAACUCGAGUCGGCUCUCCAGAACGUCACCAAAGCAAACCAGCUGCUGGUGGAUGAACUCAACAAAUUUCGUCGUGACUCUGGCAUGUUGACCCGUUCAACGUCUCCCAACGACCCCUUACACAAGAACUCUGUCACGUUAUCCCAAGAGCUCUUCAGCUCCCACGACGGCCACCGCGCCUCACUAGACGAGACUAAGUCCAUCGUCGACGACCUCAUGACCACAUCUCAACCCAACGCCACUGUCAAUCCUGCAUCGCUCUCCCCAGAACUCUCACCGAUCGCUGAGGGUACUGAGGAGGGUGGUGAGGAGCAGCCAACGGCCGAGACCUCUGUUGCGAAGUCUACCUCCGACCUGACACAACUGUCAUCUGUCGGAGGAGCUUCCGCAAUCAUGGCUGGCCUCUCAAACCCCUCUGCAUCCGACCUUGGUCUUCUUUCUGCAGCUUCAGACGCUACUAGUCACCUCAUCAGUGAUUCUUUCAGUUUGUCAGCGGCCCUUGACGCAGAUCGCUAUGUCCUUGAAAGCGGGCUUCUCUCUUCCCCCAACUCCCUCGAUUAUGAACACGAUUAUCUGGUUGGUGACUCUACCUUCCUCCAAGACCCGUUCGACAUCAACGAGUUCCUCCACGACGACGUCAACGGCGCAGCCGUCGCAGCGGACCCGGAUUUCGGCCGCGACCUCACCCACUCUGAGACUCAAGUCUCUUCAGAGAAUCCUAACCUGCAGCCCCACUCUGGCGCGUCCGCUCAUGGAUGCGACGAUGGAGGCAUUGCGGUUGGUGUCUGA